CAAAAUGUAAUGAGUUAGAAUAUGGAUUAACAUAGUGAUGAUGCAGAGAGGUACGUGUCUAACAAUUAGCUUAAUCCACUACCAGCUUUGCUCAACACUCUUGAUCCUAUCUCCAUCUUCACUUUUCUCCUUUCAAUGGAGCUUCUCCAUUGCCACUGAACCCAAAACUCGUUUUACACGUUCCAUUUUCACCUUCUUCUUUACCUUCCACUGUAAACCAGUCCAGAGCUUCAUCAAACCAUGUGCUCAAAUCCCUUUCAACCUCACACCCUUCUCCUUCUUCCCUAGUCCAAUUCCCCUCUUCCCCUUUUCCUCUCCCCUCCCAUGGCUGCCUCUGAAGAACCCAACAAACCCACUUCCCUCUAUGACUCCUCAUCCGCCUCUCAACCCCUUCUCUCCAAUUCCCCUCCUCCUCCUCCUGCUUCUCUUUUCCCUUAUCCCUCCAUUGACGACCCACCUCACAACAAUCCCCAUGAAUCCGACCCUUCUCAGUACCUUCAGAUCUCUUACAACUAUGGCCAUAGGCCUUUCAAGGAUAUCCCCAUCCUCGUUCUUUUCGUUCUCUUUGUUGUUUCCUCUUUUGGGUUCGGGAUUUUCGCCACUUUCAAUCGAAACAUCCAUUACCCUGAUCUCUCCUUCUAUCACUUUGACUUUAAAACCUCCAAUUGUGUUAUGGACUCGCUUUCUUCUUCUUCUUCUUCUUCUUACCUCAAUUGGGUUUCUCUUUACUCCUCUUCUUCAUCUGUUUUGAAAUCCUUGAUUUGGACCCUUGUUGCUACUUUGAUUCUGAGCUUACCCAUUUGCUUUCUUUUACUUCUCUUGCUUAAACACUACACCAGACAGAUUGUGUACGCUUUACUUCCUUUCUUCAUCGUCGUUCCUAUCUUCAUUAAUGUCUAUUGGUUUGUUGCCUGUACGGUUAACCCCACUUGCAGUAAUGACUUCCCGAUGGUGUAUAGGAUUUUAGUUCUCAUCUUCAUAUUCUUGGUGAUUGGGGUAAUCGUGUGGAUAUUUAUCGUUAAUUGGCACCGAAUUGAGCUCACGAUUCAAAUAAUUGGGGUUGCUUCGGAUGCAUUGUCGAUGAAUCUGGGUCUAUUUGUGGCUAUACCGAGUAUGACGCUGGGGCUACUGAUUUAUUAUGCGCCAAUUGUUCUGUUCUUGGUGUUUGCGAGGAUGAAUGGGAAAGUUUUGCCCCAUCCCCAUGGAUCAAGUGGAGAGUAUACUUGUGUUUGGAAGCAAGAUAAGUGGGUACCUGCUUACUAUGCAUUGGCGAUUCUUACAAUGUUGUGGUCUGCUGCUGUAACGGUGGAAGGACAAGUUUAUGUGAUUAGUGGUACCAUAUCACAGUGGUAUUUCACGAAAGAAGAGGAUGAUACUCCAAGACGGAGCAUUAGAAAGUCUUUAAGGAAUGCAUUUGGCCCCUCUGCUGGCACUAUAUGUUUAUCUGGUUUACUAAUUCUCGUGGUGCGUGUUGUUCGUGCUGUGGUCGAUAGUGCAAGACAAGAAGAUAUUCCCGGGAUGUUCAACCUUAUUUUGCGUUGCUGUGUAAAUACAUUUCUGGCAGCUGUUGAUUAUCUGAACAAAUUUGCAAUAACUUUUGCAGCAAUAACAGGUGAAGCUUACUGCUCAUCUGCAAGAAUGACAUAUGAACUUUUGAAACGAAAUCUCCUCUCAACUGUUUUUGUGGAGACAAUCUCCACACGUUUGUUAGCUGGAAUCGCCUUUGUCCUCUCAGCCAUAUAUGCAAUCGUGGCUUGUGCUAUCUUACAUGCUGUCAGUCAUCUUGGGGUUAAUACAUACCUCAUUGCUGUUGCAGCAUGGCUGCUCCUGACCGUAGUACUCGGAUUCUUCAUCCACGUACUGGAUAAUGUAAUCGAAACUGUGUACGUAUGCUACGCUAUUGACAGGGACAGAGGUGAAGUGUGCAAACAAGAUGUGCAUGAAGUUUAUGUUCACCUACCAAUUAGCAGGAAUCAUAGAUCAUCUCUGGUAACUACUUCACUCCUUGUAUAAUAAAUUAGUCCUACAAUUAACAUGGUAUGGUUUUUCUGAUGACAGUGUUUGGAAUUGCAAUUUUGUGUAUAAUGAGUUGUUACCUUGUACAUUUUGAGCCCCUUUUUCCCCUUUUAAGUUGAGUCUUUAGUGGAGAAGAUUGCAAAUUUAUCUCAUGAAAGUAGAAGACAAAGUUUUAGGCCUUGUUAUUUUAUCAUUCCAUCAAUUGGUGAUUAACUUGUAACUGAAGGCAGAGCCCUUGGUUUUUUUUUUUUUUUUU